AUGUCAUAUGAUUAUGAUUAUAUAGUUAAAAUUUUAAUGAUAGGAGAUGGGAGUGUUGGGAAAACUUCAACAGUAAGGAGAUUUGUUGAUGACGACUUUAAAAAAGAAGAAAUUCCAAAAGAAGAGUUUAUGAUAAAAUAUAUGGAAAUUGGUGACUUUGGAGAGAAUGAAAAUAAUAAUAAUAAUAAAAAUAAUAAAAAUAAUAAUUAUGGUAAAAGAGCAAAAUUAAUAAUAAAAGAAGAAAGAUUAGAAAAAUAUAGAAUUGGUAGAAAUGAAUUUAUAAGUUCAGAUGGUUUUUUAUUGUUUUUUGAUGUAACUGAUCGUUCAUCAUAUAUAAAUUUAUCAAAUUGGAUUGAAGAAAUAAAAUAUAGAACUAGAAGAAUCAAUAAUGAUGAAUUACCACCAAUAGUAAUAGUAGGAAAUAAAAUUGAUAAAGAUGAAUACUCAAUUAUGGUAUCCCAUGAAGAAGUUAAAGAUUUUUGUGAUACAAGAUCAAUACCAUUUAUUUUUAUCUCUGCAAAGUUUAAUGAAAAUGUUGAAUUAUCAUUCACAACUCUCCAAAAUUUAAUCUUAAAAGAAAAAUAUUUUCCAAAUGAAUUAUCGACACCAUCAUCCUCUUCCUCUUCAUUAUCUAUUAACCUAAAUGAUGUUAAAACAAAUAAUAAUAAUAAUAAUAAUAAUAAAGACAAAUGUAACAUAAUGUAA